GAUCGGCAAAGAUCGCAAAGAUUGUGGCAUUGAGUGGUUGGUAUUCGAGGUGUUCGAGGUUUUUGAUGGCUGUAGCAGCGUUAGUACUAUUGAACGGAUUAACUUCUGUUAAAUGUGCAAGUGGACAAUUAUGAGGGAUUAUGAGUCUGUGCAAAUAGUGGAAGCAGUAGCCAGUCACUGAAAUGCCAGAUUAUAAUUGCGUAUGUUAUUCAUGAGUAGUAUUUCAAUAACAGCAGAACUGCCAAGUCGUCAUACCGGUAAUUUUAGCCAUGACACCACCAAAUAUUGUACUGCUUGCGUGUGGUGCUUACAAUCCACCGACGAAUAUGCAUCUUCGGAUGUUUGAAAUCGCUCGGGAUCAUCUACACAGACUUCACUACUGUAAUGUAAUAGGUGGAAUUGUGUCACCAGUUCAUGAUGCAUAUGGUAAGAAAGAGCUUUUAUCAGCAACACAUCGCUGUGAAAUGCUUCGCCAAGCACUCAAAAAUUCUAGUUGGAUCCGGUUAUCUGACUGGGAAUGCCAUCAGGAAGGUUGGACAAGAACGAGACUUGUACUUCAGUAUCAUCAGAACCAGUUAAAUUCAAUACUGAAUUCCAAUAACGAAUCUCCCAACAAACGGCAACGAUGUGAUGAUCUGUUGUGGAUACCGGAUGACUUAAAGUUCCGAUCUGGUGGACCCGUCCAGAUUAAGCUGUUAUGUGGUGCUGAUCUGCUGGAAUCUUUUGCAACUCCUGGACUUUGGACGGAUGAGGAUAUUGAUACAAUUGUGGGCCAGCAUGGUUUGGUAGUUAUUACAAGAGAGGGAAACAAUCCAAAUAAAUUCAUCUAUGAGUCAGAUUUGCUUACAAAAUAUCAGAGUAAUAUAAACAUUGUUACUGAAUGGAUAACCAAUGAGGUGAGCUCCACGAAAAUCCGGCGAGCCUUGAGACGUUCAGAGAGUGUCAAGUAUCUACUGGAAGAGUCCGUUAUUGACUACAUCCAUAAACAUGGACUGUACAGCACUAAGGAUAAUAAGUACAACUUGUAUCCACACAGUCAGUCUCAAACUAGUAUCCUUACACCUUCCCCAAGCGAUGUAAAUAUGGAAUCUCCAACUCCUAUCUGUAAUUACGGGAAGUAUGGUUCUUCCGAAUCAAUAGCUGUUGAGCAGAUGACUUCAGGCACUCGGUUAGGAGGAUCCUCACUGCUGAAUGGUCCGUCAGGCUAUAUUCAUUUUGAAAAAAAUGAACGGGAAAGAAAUGAGAUGGAUUCUCGAUAUGCAGAGAAAAUUGGUAAUGAAGAAAAUUCUAAGAGAUCAGCCAUAACUAUGGGAUAUCCAGGUCAGGCUGUUCAAGUAAUAGCAACACAGAAAGGAAGUAACAUUAUGCAUACUGAAAAGGGGCUGAGCAGACCUGCAUGCCUACUGUAAGAGAUCUGGUUCUUCUGAUUGGAAAAUGUAGUCGACCCCUGAGCAAGCCUGCCAUUGUUGCUUCUACUUUGCCUGCUCUAGUGUGAUGAUGAUGAUGAUUCUUACCAUUUAAUGGACGUUGUUCCCAACAGCCAGUCUUAUACAAAUUAUUAAUGUCAAAUCUAAACAUGUAUUUAUAUAUAAUGGGAUAGGCAACAGGGUCUAAUAUGUGAAUUUGUUUUAUUAUGAAGAGCAGAGGUACACCCUGAUUUACGCUGUAGUCACAAGGGAAAAUUGUAUAAUGCAAAACACUUAAAUCUACAUGCUUUUCUGUAAACUCGUGUUAAAAAAUGGGAUUUGAGAUCCUGAAUGAUAUUUUUCAGUGGUAAUGUUGGCAAUUUGAUACUUCCUGGUUAUUUAUAAUUAAUAUAUAAAACACUGUAAUAACAUAAAAAAGGUAUUUAAACAUAUAAAUAUGACAUUAAAUAAUAAGUUAACAUCAGAGGAUACUGUGUCCUUUAAUACUAAUACUUGUAAGAAAUAUCAAAAGAACAAUCAGGGUAUUACUGUACUGUUAAUGAGCAAUACAUAUAUUCAGUUUCAUUUUCUUUCUACCUUCUUUCAUUCCUUCUUGUUUUCAGUAGUAAAAGAAUUCUGCACUCUUAACAAUUAGGCCAUGUUUUUGUCUGAAUGACUGACUGAAUUCCUGCUCAGAACAAUAUGAAUAGGAAGUAACUGUCAUAACUGAUUCUCUUAAAAUCUUGUACUAACUUUCAACUUUCAGUUUAAAUAAUUUCCAUUUAUUAUAACUAAGUCUGCAUCUGUUUCAAGUACCAUAUUUUCUGGUGUAUAAGGUGCAGUUCUUUUACCUUAAAAAUGGCCCUAGAAAUUACAGUGCAUCUUAAACACAGGGAAUUAAUGAUGAAAAUGAAACACAUCUGUAUUUCAUCUUAUUUUGUUUAUUACAUAAUUCAGAAUUAUUUACUUUCAUUAAUACUAAAUAAAUAUAUUCCAAGUAAUAAAUUUUGUUUGCUAAAUAAGUAAUUAAAAAAAUAAUUUCUCCUCCCUAAACCAUUAUGUGGAUCUUACACACCCACAAAUACAGUAUAUUCUAAGAACCACAAAACUUUGUCAGAAAGGUAAGAUCUGUGUUUAAUCCAGGUUUUCAUGUAUUACCUUCAUAUAAUGCAUUCUUAUUAGUCACAUUUUUUAGAUGACAAUUAUCUGUCAGAACUUGGCGUAUACAUAAAAAGGUCGCACUUAGAGGAACAUGUUGAAGAUUUUAGAUAACACAUUUUAUAAUAUUUUAAGCUUUGCACAAAACUGCAGAGAAUUAAUGUAAUAUAAAUAUUAUAAGCUUUGUAUUAUGAAAAGCUUUGAGACCAAAUAUGCAAAUGCUUACUGUUAUUCACUUAAAUGUUUAUGCAAAUCAGAAGUAAUACAGUUUUAUACCUUUUUAUAUAUGCACAUAUUUUAAUUAUUUGCAGACUGCCAAGAACACUUGCAUUCAUAGCCUCGUAUGGCAGAGUUAAGAAAGACUGGAUGUUGGGAACAUUCAUUCCUAUUUUCAAUCUUGACUGAAACCCUUUGGAAUGAAAGUAGCCAAAUACUAGCAUCCUAUUACCUUUGAUGUUUGUACAUGAAAACAAAUAUCCUAAGCUUUGAUUAAAUUAGAUGCAGAGUAGAUGUGUAAGAAGUUGCAUGCUAAGAGACACAAGAAAACUUACUAGAGCAUAAGAGGCCAUGGUUAGAAUGGAUUUCAUCACAAGAUUUUUUUAUUUAAAUACAGAACAUUUCAAUUUUUAAAUUCAUAGUAAUUUGUUAUUAAAGGAUGAAUAAUUA